GCGUUUCAUUCAAACUUCUGCUUGUGCAAGCCACAAAUUAAAUGUGCAAGCACAAUUGGUCUCUCUCCGAUCAUCUGGUGCUAAAUUAAUGUACUCACAAAAGAGAUCUGAUGAAAUUAAAGAAAUUUUCGAAACUAAAUUACCAAAGGACUGGAAGGAAACAGCAUCUCGUGAAUUGAAGGAUCAAGCAGUUGAGAGUCUCAUCAGAACCACUCCCGAAGGAAUUAACAUUUUACCAAUUUAUGUCUCUCCAGCAACAAUUGAUGGAAAGGAACCAACCGGUGCAGGUAAUAAACCAUACACUCGUGGUCCUCAUGCAACCAUGUAUACUUCCAAGCCAUGGACCAUCAGACAAUAUGCUGGAUUUUCCACUGCUAAAGAAUCCAAUGAAUUUUACAAACAAAAUUUGGCUCAAGGACAAAUGGGUCUUUCUGUUGCAUUCGAUUUGGCUACCCACAGAGGUUAUGAUUCUGAUCAUGACAGAGUUGUUGGUGAUGUUGGUAUGGCAGGUGUCGCAAUUGACUCAGUUGAAGAUAUGAAGAUUUUAUUUGCAGGCAUUCCAUUGGAUAAAAUGUCAGUCAGUAUGACAAUGAACGGAGCUGUACUUCCAAUUAUGGCCAUGUAUAUUGUUGCUGCCCAAGAACAAGGUAUCACUGAUUUGAAUUUGCUUAGUGGUACAAUUCAAAAUGAUAUUUUGAAAGAAUUCAUGGUCAGAAACACUUACAUUUAUCCUCCAGAACCAAGUAUGAAAAUUAUUGGAGAUAUUAUGCAAUUUACUUCUCAAAAUAUGAAGAAGUUCAACUCUAUCAGUAUCAGUGGUUACCACAUGCAAGAAGCUGGUGCUGAUACUGCAUUAGAAUUGGCUUACACUUUAGCUGAUGGUCUUGAAUAUGUUAGAUGUGGUACCGAAUUGGGUGGAUGUAAGGUUGAUGAGGUUGCUCCUCGUUUUUCAUUCUUCUUCGGUAUUGGUAUGAAUUUCUAUCUUGAAAUUGCCAAGUUGAGAGCUGCUCGUAAAUUGUGGGCUGAACUAGUUGAAGAAAAGUUCAAGCCAAAGAGUUCUAAAUCACUCUUGUUGCGUACUCACUGUCAAACAAGUGGUUAUUCUUUGACUGAACAACAACCAUACAAUAACAUUAUUAGAACAACUAUUGAAGCAAUGGCAGCUGUCAUGGGUGGUACUCAAUCAUUGCACACCAAUUCAUUUGAUGAAGCUGUUGGUUUGCCAACCAAGUUUAGUGCUCAACUUGCUCGUAAUACUCAAUUAAUUAUUGCUAAUGAGACUGGCAUUACUAAUGUUGUUGAUCCAUGGGGAGGUAGUUACAUGAUGGAAGAAUUGACCAAUCAACUUUAUACUAAAGCUAAGGAACUCAUCAAGGAAGUUGAAGAAUGUGGAGGUAUGACUAAAGCUAUUGUUACUGGUUUACCAAAGAGAAGAAUCGAAGAAUGUGCAACAAAGAAACAAGCUAGAAUUGAUUCUAAACAAGAAAUUAUUGUUGGUGUUAACAAAUUUGCAACAAAGAAUGAAGAAGCAAACUAUGAAGUUCUCAAGAUUGAUAACACAAAGGUUAGAAAGGAACAAAUUGACAGACUUAACCAGAUUAAAUCUGAAAGAGAUUCCAAUCUUGUUUCAAACUUGUUGGCUCGUCUUGAAGAUGCUGCCAAGACUGGUAAGGAAAAUCUUUUGGCUGUUGCUGUUGAAUGUGCCAAGGCACGUGCAACUGUUGGUGAAAUUUCAUCUGCACUUGAAAAUGUUUGGGGCAGAUAUGAAGCUAAACCAGAAAUUGUUAGUGGUGCUUAUACUAGUACUUGGAAACAAGCUUCCCUUGAAAAAUUAGAUACUGAACGUGUUGAAAUGAAGGUUAAGGAAUUUGCUACCAAGAAUGGUAGAAAUCCAAGAAUUCUUGUUGCCAAGAUGGGUCAAGAUGGUCAUGAUAGAGGUGCUAAGGUUAUCAGUUCUGGUUUUGCUGAUUUAGGAUUUGAUGUUGAUGUUGGUCCAUUGUUCCAAACUCCAAAGGAAGUUGUACGUGAAGCUAUUGAUAACGAUGUUCACAUUAUUGGUGUUAGCUCUCAAGCCGCAGGACACAGAACCCUUGUUCCUGCUUUGGUUAGUGAAUUGGAACAAGCUGGAUUGAAAGGAUCUGAUAGACCAGUAAUUGUUGUUGGUGGCGUCAUUCCUCGUGAAGAUUAUCAAGAAUUGUACGAUGCAGGUGUUGAUUUGAUCUUUGGUCCUGGUACUAAAGUUACUGAUGCUGCUGAAUCAUGUGUUGAUUUGUUGAUGAAAAAAUCCAAUCAUUAGUUUGGGUGUCUUAAUAAACUCAAAAAA